AUGGUCCGUCCUUCAAGCGUCAGCGAGCAGCGCCCAACCACUACAGUUUCAUCGUCUUCAAUGUCAUCAGAGAAAGCGAACGAUUCGUCGGAGAAAACGAGCGAUGUGGCAUCGCACCGACCAUCGCCCACACCAUUGACACCACCAAAACAAGAGAGCGAAAAUGAUGCCUUCGAUCCCGCCACCGACAAUGGAGGACACUCCCUUUAUUAA